UAAUAAUAAUAAUAAUAAUAAUAAUGAUGAUGUCUCCUCUCUGCUCCACAGUUGAUGUGACUCUGGACCCUGAUACAGCACACCCCACGCUCAUCCUGUCUGCGGAGGGGAAACGAGUGAGACUGGGAGAGACAUGGCAGAGUCUCCCUCGCAAUCCAGAGAGAUUUGAUGGCUGGCCCUGUGUGCUGGGCAGGGAGAGCUUCACCUCGGGGAGACGCUACUGGCAGGUGCAGGUGGGGGGGAAUACAUACUGGAGAUUAGGAGUCAGCAGAGAGUCUGCCGAGAGGAAGGGGGUGUUCAGCAUGACCCCCCAGCUGGGUUACUGGACUGUGGAGUGGAAUGGAGGUGAGUUCAAUGCUCUCACUGACCCCCAGACCCCCCUCCCCCGGAGCCUGAAGCCCCAGAAGCUGGGGGUGUAUCUGGAUUAUGAGGAAGGGCAGCUCUCCUUUUACAAUGUGGAGACCAGAUCUCACAUCUACACUUUCACUGACAUGGAGUUCAAUCCCAAUGAGAAACUCUAUCCAUUCUUCUAUACUUACAGUUAUACAGCCCUUGUGCUGGAGUCCCCCUGACCCUGUCAACGCUGCAGAUUAAACACACAUUGCUGUCUGAGCCAGGAAACUAUUCAAACAGCUCAGACAAUCUCCUCUUCACUUUCACUGACACUCUCUCUGCACUCUUCUGGGCUGAUGAGAAGAAAUCCUCUCUCUUCCACCCUCUUACCCUGAGCCCCUCCUCUUUAUUUCUCAACACCCCCUUUCCUACUCUCCCUUCCUGUCUGCCUCUCUCUUUACCUCCACCUCUCCUUAUCUCUCUUUCUCUCCUCUCUCCCUCCCCUAUGGCUCCUCUCUCUCUUUCCCUUCCCUCUGAUAUGUUAAUCCCCUCCCUUUCCCACUCCCUC